AUGAGAACAUGCCCCUCGCGAAGGACCACGAAGGACUGCCUCCACCUGUCCCCAGAAGAGGAGAAGAGGAAGCACAAGAGGAAGCGCCUGGUGCAGAGCCCUACCUCCUCUGUGGACAUGAAGUGCUCAGGAUGCGACACACUCACCACCGCGUUUAGCACACACGGUAGUUUGGUGUGUUGGCUCCUUUGCCAGGCUGUUGGGGGAAAAGCGAGGCUUAUAGAAGGAUGCUCCUCCAGACAGAAGCAGCACUUCAUGCACCCUGAAUCAAAAUGA